AUGUCUGAAGCUGUGAUCUCCUACGCGACUUUGAUUCUCGCCGACGCCGGUUUGGACAUCUCCGCCGACAACUUGGCCGCUUUGGCCAAGGCCGCCGGUGCCUCCGUCGACAACAUCUGGACCGAGACUUUCGCCAAGGCCCUAGAGGGUAAGGACCUCAAGGAGAUCCUAUCCGGUUUCCACGCCGCCGGCGCCGCUGCCCCAGCCGCCGGUGCCGCCGGUGCCGCCGCCUCUGGCGAAGCCGCCGCUGAGGAGGCCGCCGAAGAGGAAGCCGAAGAGGAAUCCGACGACGACAUGGGCUUCGGGCUGUUCGAUUAA